AUGUUGACGAGCUUCCCAGCUCCCGUACUUUCUGUUACGGCGGACGCGGUGAAGGAUCUCCAAGGGCACGAUGCUCUCACUGGACUGUGGACUCUGUUCACGAAAUGCAAAGAGUCCCUUCAGGAUGGGCGGAGGCUGGAAAACAUCUCCUGGCGAUUGUGGCAUCGCGAGCUUGCCCAGGCU